AUUCUUAGAAAUAUUUCCAUAACUCCAUCGUGUUUUGUCGUGUUCUCACUAUAAAAGCUGUGAAAUUUUUUAGUCCAAAACCAGUUGAGCCAGAGACUGACCAUUUGAAGUAAGCAAACGCCCUGUUUUCUUUUACAUACAAGCGCUGUUGAUACAUCGACGCGUUACAAUGAUAUCAUCCAGCAGUUUGUGCCUGGUUGUCCUGAUUCUGACAGCCACCAUUAAUAUAGAUUUAGCAUACGGUAGGUUUAUCAGAAGGUAUAGUUUUUGGUUGUUUUGUCUCUUUUUCUUUUCUUUCAGAGUGAUGAUAAUUUUUUAGAGUAAAUUUAACGACAUAAAUAAAAACGAAUCCACCAGUCUUCUGUAGUCCCCACUUUAGCAUUGGCAAGGAAAGACAUGGUAUAGAUGGUUAAGAUGUCCUUUGGAUAGAAGACGGAUGUUGUGUUGCCUGGACAGUGACACAUUAAAACCAUUUACACCUAAACUUUAAAAAAAAAAAAAAAUUAAGUCGUUCUUUUGCAAAGCUGCUGUCAAGUCAUUAUCUUCAUUCGAAUUUAUCAAAGUAACAAUAAAAGCGAUUCUUUUUUCUUUCACAAAUGAUUUCUCCAGCUCGCAAAUGAUUUUUUUUUAAACUAUAAACAACCCUUGCCUUACGAGUGUCUCGAUCCAUUGAGUCAACGCAAUCAAUCCGGUGAAGUUAAGAAAUUAGUUAAUUUUGUUGUCCAUUCUUUGGUAUGCGUGCGUCUCCACGAGAUGGAGUCAGUAGUUUUGAUGGAAUUGGGAAAAUUUGGGCAAAAUCAAUUUUUUAGAUUUCAAGUUGUUUUAAAAUCCUAUUUAAUAACUUCGCUUUUGUUCGUGACUGGCAAAAUAUUCGGACUGUCAAUUGACACACUUCCUGUCAACCUAUCGAGUUGAAACCUGGCAUGCCUAUCUUGUCAGAUUUUCAGACCCGCUCCUCCACAACUCAGUUGCUCGAUAUUAAUUUUUUUUUAUAUGAUUUAUGGGAAAAGCUUGUUUUUUAAAUUUUGAUUAACUUUUACAAAAAUGUUCUGCUCUGCCAGACCAAGAAAAUUUUGACUUUUUAAUGGCUCAUCUUGCCAAUUUUUAAUGGCUCAUCUUGCCAAUUUUUAAUGGCUCAUCUUGCCAAUUUUUAAUGGCUCAUCUUGCCAAUUUUUAAUGGCUCAUCUUGCCAAUUUUUAAUGGCUCAUCUUGCCAAUUUUUAAUGGCUCAUCUUGCCAAUUUUUAAUGGCUCAUCUUGCCAAUUUUUAAUGGCUCAUCUUGCCAAUUUUUAAUGGCUCAUCUUGCCAAUUUUUAAUGGCUCAUCUUGCCAAUUUUUAAUGGCUCAUCUUGCCAAUUUUUAAUGGCUCAUCUUGCCAAUUUUUAAUGGCUCAUCUUGCCAAUUUUUAAUGGCUCAUCUUGCCAAUUUUUAAAGAAAUAAAUAUUUGACGAAAUACAGUUAAUUACAUGGAUUUAAAUUGUUAGCACCCUCAAUUUAACAGUUUUAAAAUAUCAAAAUGCUAUUAUAGAAGAACAGGAGAUUAGACCAAUUUUCCAGUGAGAUUGUAAAAUAUUGUUUGUUAUUUUCAUGAAUAAAAACUUGCUUUAGGUCUGACCUGCCCUGGUCCUGUAGAAGAAGGUAGCAUCGUGACUUUGACCUGCAGCAUUAAUUCAACAAAAACAGCUUUGGUUUGGCAGCUGGAGGUGUCAGGCCAGUUCCAGGAGGUGUCCAGGUGCAAGGCGAACCAAGAUUGUACUACCUUAAUGGCUCCUGCCUUCAGCGCCAAUAUCGGUCGGACUGCUACAAGGAAAAUACAAUACGACAGCAUUCUCACCAUUUCACGGGUCAGCCGGAACCAGACCAAGUUCAGAUGUUUGAAUGAAAUUUGCCAACUGGAAGUCUACGGUAGGUGAAAUGGAUGCGCUUCGAUUCAAAUGUUUAAUACCUGCAUCCGUGAUUCAAAUACAUCAUUAUAAAACUCAUGACUUGUAAUUGAAUUGCUUCAGAUUUAAGAAUGUAUUACAUAGUUCCCCGUUUCAUUCUCCCACUCUCUCUCAAUCUUUCUCUAAUUUUCUCUCUCACUCACUCCUCCACUCCCUCUCACUCUCUCACAAACAUUCUCUCACACAUUAUCUCUCUCAAUCCAUCUCUAUUAUCCUCUCGCUCACUCUCUGUCUCUCUCUCACUAUCACCCUCACUUCAUCUCCCUCACGUUCACUCAUUAUUUUUUUCUGUCUGUCUCUCUUACAUUCUCACUUUCUUUAUCACAUUCUCUCAUCACUCUCUUCUCUUUUCACUCUCUCUCUUUCUCAUUUUUACCCAAUAUCUCUUAAAUCAACUUAGGAAUGGCGAUGUUAAUAUGCAUUUGGUGAUUUUAUAACUUGGCACCGCCCAUGGGCGUAGAAUACAUAAGAUGGAGAGGGCGGUUCGCCCGGGGAGCUAUUUUGUUCAGUAGGCGUUGGCAAUUUCGGUCCACUUCAGAUACUUUAACUAGCUUAUCUUUAUGUGUAUUCUCUUCUCGUGGUAGCUUUAUUUCAUUUGGUGAGACGACGUUUUAGCGACGUGGCUACCAAUGGUAUGCUUCACAAAGUAUACCUUCUACUUCACACAGCAUACCUUCUACUUCAAAAAGUAGUGAGACAAAAAUCAAACACAUUUAAUAUAGAUUAAUUUUUUAAAAUAUCUUCAUUGUUUCAACUCUGAGCAACGGCGAUCCUGUUAUCGUUGUAUCCUCUUACAUAGAAUUCACCGUUACAACCAUACAUACAAUCAUGACUUAAACCAUACAAUCAUUACGUAGCUAUACAAUCAUUACGUAGCUAUACAAUCAUUACGUAGCUAUACAAUCAUUACGAAACCAUACACUCAUUGCGUAACCAUACAAUCAUUACGUAGGCAUACAAUCAUUACAUUACCAUACAAUCAUAUUUCUCGUUUAUUUCCAAAGUGAAGCCGGCCAAGCCCCAGUGUGGUGUGGGUGCCGCCCUUGGACACUACGGGGCGCCGUAUCGUUCGUUUCUGGAAGUUAAAUGUACAACUGCUUCCAGUUACCCGCGUGCCACAUGUACUUUAAAUAGUGUAAGUUUGUACACAAUUGUCAAAUACAUUUAAAAAAAAUAUAUAUAACGAAUAACGAGAUUUGGAAAAGAUGGAGUUUGAUUAUUACAUUUUCGUGACAUCACUAAACAGUUAUUGAAUAAGGUCUAAUAACAUUGUAUCGUCAUCAGACGCUGUCCAGGGACUUAGUGGCGCGUGGAUCACCCAGCUACACGUACACGUCUUUAGGGGAUGGCAACUACAUGACCAGAUGUGUCUACGCCAUACAUCUUGCCGGGUUCCAGACUGGGCUGCACUCCUUCACUUUGGUCAUGGCGUCUCAACUUUCGACGUUCGCCCCCAAUGCUGCAACUGACGUUGAAUACCUGAAUUCUAUAAAUAUUUGUAAGAACGCGUUUCCCAAUCUUUAUUAUAUUUUUAUGUUUAAAACAAAAGCAGAAUAACCUCUACCUCUCAGCGGAACAUUUACGCAUACACUAAAGGUGAACCUUCCAGCCUUACAUUAACAAAACUAUUGUCCAAAUUCACUCAAAAAGAAAUAGCAAAACGAGGUUUGUGGAAGCUUGAAUUGCAGGACAGGACACAAAGAUUCGGCAUAGAACCUUCUUCAGCUCACUCAAAAUAACAACGUCAGUAUAAAGGAAGUGUCCGAUGUAGGCCAACCAGAGCACCGCAUCGUAUAGUUUAAUUUAUUCUUUGACACAAGCUUCACGCAAUCAAUACCGAAACAUGCAGCCAUUUGCAUUGUUCACAUCCGAGUAUGGCAUCUAUGUAAAAUGAUUCCCUUUGUAUAUUUGGAAACAUUGUCCUGCAUCUAUCACGGUAUAAAUGAAACCUCUUACUUGGUAUUUUCUAAAUCCCAUCUGAAUAUCAUGUUUCAUUGCAGAUGCUCCUUCUCUGACCCUGGGCUCAGACUGCCCCGAGGGUAUCAUCAAGUCCGGUAGGUCCGCGACGUGUACCUGUAAAAUGACACACCCAGGCUAUCCCCAAGGAUGGGUCAAGUGGUACACGUCAUCAAACAGAACGACCGGGAGCGCAUUUGCGGUUGAUUCUACGAAGAUCACUUUGACUUACAACCCUCAAAGUAAAUUUGUUACAGUCAAUUUAAAUCAACUGAUGUAGUCUUGAAAAAAAUUUGAAAUAAAUAUUUUCCAUCUUUGGCAAAAGAUGAACAAGUAAGUCCUAAUAUUAAAUAAUUUGUAAUUUCUUGUUCACAGAUCCUUGUCCAACAUAUGAAUGUUCACCUGAAUCAGCUCUAGGACGUUUGACCCCGGGGUUGUUGUAUGCCCCCAGUUUUGAAGGUUAGAGUUUAUAUCCCUUAAGCACUCGAUGUUGUUUAAGAGAUAUGCAAACAUAGGCCAUAGUCAGCAACACGACACUUAAUGUUGAAAUGUAUCCAUCCUAAAAUAAAGUGACGUACUUUGUGAACGAGUUAAGGACAGCAUAGUACAAAAUGGAUGACAACUGUCUUGCUGGGUGUGAGGAUGACAAAAUGAUGGGUGUGAGGAUGACAAAAUGAUGGGUGUGAGGAUGAGAAAAUGAUGGGUGUGAGGAUGAGAAAAUGAUGAGUGUGAGGAUGACAAAAUGAUGGGUGUGAGGAUGACAAAAUGAUGGGUGUGAGGAAAGUCAAAGGAUGAGUACUGGGAUAGCCACAUGUGGGGUGUGAGAAUAGCGAAAUUCUGGGUUUUAAGGAUAGCGAAAUGGGGUUGUGGAGCAUGGUGUUAGCAAAAUGCUUGUUUUGAAAAUAGUGAACUGCUAGGGUGUGGACAGAGCGAAAUUAUGGGCGUGUGAACAGCGAAACGCUAAAUGUGAGAAUAAUGAAGUGCUCGGUGUGAAAAAAACGAAAACUUGAUGUGUGAAUAACGAAAUUCUAGGUGUGAGAAUAGCGAAAUUCUAGGUGUGAGAAUAACGAAAUUCUAGGUGUGAGAAUAGCGAAAUUCUAGGUGUGAGAAUAACGGAAGGCUAGGUGUGAGAGUAGCUGAAUGCUAUGUGUGAGAAUUACGGAAGGCUAGGUGUGAGAAUAACGGAAUGCUAGGUGUGAGAAUAACGGAAGGCUAGGAGUGAGAAUAACGGAAUGCUAGUUGUGAGAAUAAUGGAAUGCUAGGUGUGAGAAUAAUGGAAUGCUAGGUUUGAGAAUAACGGAAUGCUAGGUGUGAGAAUAACGGAAUGCCCAUAUUUUUAAAAAAAAUGGAAGUGAUUGGCAAAGUGAGAUUUCAUAUAUAUUUAGGGGGUGGGGGUGGGGGUGGGGGGUAGGGGAGGACGACAAAGAAGUAGCGCCAGAAGAAUACAAACAAAAAUGUCAAAACCAUGAAGGCAUUGUAUCAUGAGUAUCAUGAUUGUAUCAUGAGUGUUUGGGUCAUAUUUCUAUUUGCUAUUGAUGUGCAUUACCAACUUUAAAGACAGUAAAUAGAUUUUUUUUUAAUGAUUUGAUUUUUUUUUAUAUUUUAAACUUAGAAAAUGCUCGAGGCUGCCCAAGCAACUGAGUCAAUCCAAUCAGCUGCUGGUGAGUUGCCUUGCUAGAGAAGUGCCCCAAAAGUCCAUCUAGUUACUCCUAGGAGACUGUUAUAUACAGUGCUGGAACUUGAAACAACUUACGAUUGAGAACGGGGUGAGGGUACGGAGGGAGAUAGGUGGCGAGGGCCGGGGGUCAAAAGAAAAUAUUAUUUAAACAAACCAUUACAUUCGUUAUUUAUUAAGAAUGAUAUUGCACCAUUAUAGUUAAUUGUUAGAAAGCUUUUUUUUUUAAAUAGCUUUUUUUAAAAAUUUUAUUCCACACUUUUACAUACUUCAGGUAAUUUUGUUUGGGUUUCCUCCCCUUGCGUUUCGUUUCGUCUACGAGACACUGUCAAACUUGAAAAGACAACGAUAGAUGAAAUGAUCGUCAUAAUUAAUAACCUUAAGAUCAGGGCUUCCCAACCUUUCUCAGUCAAUACCCAGAACUGAGCUGGUUCUCUCUUUAGAAAUAGAAAUAAGUUAUCAGUACGGCAACAGAAGGUUCUCUCUUUAGACACAGAAAUAAGUUAACAGUAUGGCAACAGGGGUCUUAAGUUAAGACUAGAAUUUCGAUGUACACUGAGUGCUAAAACAAUGAGAGUUAAUGAGAAGAAGUGUGACAGGACUCCAAAAUAAAAAAAUAAAAAAUGAUGUCAUACAAUAUUUGUCAAGAGUACAUAAUUUUGCUGUGAAUUUAUUUAAUUUAUACGUUAUAAAUACGAUUACUACCCAGACUAUCGCAGAGUAACUUUUGAAGUGAAUAAAGGUUCUCAUAAAAUUAGAGGUUGUUACAAACAGCACUUGGCGUCAACAAAGACGAUUUAAGUAACACGUUGUGAAGCAUUGUUAACAAAAUGAUGUUUUUUCCUGGGUUACGAAAUCAUGUUGACAUAAGCAGUUCGAAUAGCUCCGUUUUAGUCUAGGGCGUAAGUCUAUGCAUAUUAACUAUUAAACAAUAAUUACGACACAGUUAUUUCUCACCCUCCCCCCCACACAUUUUUUACAUACACACAAACAUACAAAAAAUAGCAAUAGCUACACAAUAAAUCUCUACAUUCAUGGGCGCCCGCAAGUGGGGGCAAGGGGGGCACUUGCCCCAGCCCCCGGAUUGAUUGGAUAAAUUUUGUUUAGAAAAAAUAAAGAGAACGUAACUAAGCUGAUGUCCUGUCCGUUCGUUCACCAUACAAAUACGCUACAGUUAAUUAAAACUACAUUAAAAUAUUACUACAUUUUUUGAUCCCCCCCCCCUGGAAAGUUAAUCGAUUUUUUUGCCCCCUCCCCCCUAGAAAGUUUUCUGCGGGCACUCAUGUCUACAUUAAUAAUAUUUCAAUGUUCUUUGAGAUCAUGAAUAUUUAAAAAAUAAUUUAGAACAUACUAGAAAAAAGCAGAAAUUAUAGCGUUUUUAAAAUACUUAUGAUCAUACUCAUUUACUUUUAAUUAUUUUUUCCCCACAGAAAAUUUCCCCCACCUACGACUAACUGGACCGUUGUGAUCAGAGUAACCAAACUUUAUGUUAGUCUUAAAACUGUCAUAAAAAUUCUAGAUUUAUGUUAUAGACACUUGCUGAAAUGAUUAUUUUAUAAUCCCAAUUUGACAUUAAUCCUAAGUCAAUUUACGAAUAGAAACAUUCAGCUUUAUGUGAGACAAUGUUACUAAAUUUCUAUUGACAGCAGUUAUAGUCAAAGGAACUUGUAUCUUUCUAUUUAUAAUUUUAAUAAUUAAAAUAAAAAACCCCAUUGAAGAUGAAAUUAUUUUAAGAGCAAAAAGCUUUUUAGAACAAUAUGUUCUGACCUUUUUUCCCCAGCCUCUUUUAGAAUUGAGUUAAUCCAGCAAUGAAAAUCUAUUACACUUAACUAAAAUAACAAUUGACAUUUUCACUACACAUAUUUUGUAACAGUGAAAUGACAUGUUGACUACAUAUGUUUAAGAAUAGUAGAGUGACAUGUUGACUAAAUAUACAUAUUUUAGAAACAUUGAAACGAGAUUCCCAAAGAAACUGUAUAAGAUGAAGACGUGCUUGCAAGCUAUCGAAGUUGACUUAAUUUCAGCCAGGGCCUUAUUAGACCACAGGGUCGUGUUAGACCACAAAGCUUCUGUAUAAACUCUCUCACAAUGUUAUGGUCGUUAAAUAUACAUACAUACAUAUUACAUAAAAGUUGAAUAGUAAUAAAGGGUAACUUAUAUCUGUGUCACUCAUUGUUAGAUUCCCUUUAAGCCGUACAUGGUUCAGUUUCACCAUUUGAAGUUUUGUAAUAUGAAGUCCAAUGGGAUACAGAAAAUGGAACGUGUCAGUGGUUCUCACAAUUAUCUUGUUGCCAAUGGACACUUUGGUAGUUCAUAUACUGUUAAUCCAGUCUCUAGGAUAAGUCAAACUUUGAUAACUAUAGCCUAAAGGAUAUCAAACUUGGUGAACAAAUCAUACUAAAUGUAAUCAAAGAUUUUAAGAAUGGGAUUUUGAAAAUUGUCUAUUUGAAAAAAACAUAUUUUGUAGUUAACAUAUAUAAAAAUAUUUUUUAAAUCUAGAGUAAUGUAUUUUUCAUUAACAUUUUUUGUAUAAUUUUUAAGAUUGUCCGAUUUAACAUUGUCUUUUUGUGUGUGUGUGUAGAUACCAAUUAUUCAAUAAUUGUUGUUGGGUUGUUAUUUUUUUUCUGUGGGAUCAAUAAUAUAACGAUUUUUAUUAAACAUAAAUAGAUUAGAAAUUUCAUAAAUAUAUUUGCACAACUGAAUAUAAUUGUAUUUUCUUCUUUAUUAAUAAACAGACAGUAGUUUUUG